ACGCAGAAUAAACUAACCCUAAACACUUGUUUUCCUAAUCCUCCAUAUAUUUUCCUUUCUUUCCCUUAACCAUGGACAAGCUUCAACUCAGGAACUUUAUACUUCUCAGUAGACGAUCGUAUAAAGUUGGAGCAGAAAAGCUGAGCAUGCAGCCAGCGGUAUCAGUGAUGAGAAAGCCAAAAGAUCUGUCUGAGAAUAAGGUGAAGGAAGAGACGUUUUGGAUGAGAGAUCCAAAGACUGGCAACUGGAUUCCUGAGACUCAUUUUGGCCAGAUUGAUGUUGCAGACCUCAGAGACAAAUUCCUCCCUAAGAAACACAAGUUCUAAACCAAUUCCAUGUCUCUACUGGGUUUCGAAAGAGGGAAACGACUCCUAUUCUAUUGUCCAGUCGGCUUGUUUUCCCUUAUCCUAUAUAAUCAAUCAAAUAAAAUUUGCUCUUUCGUCAUGGCUUUCCUUCUCAUUUUCAUAUACAAUUGGUUUGGUUAUACUAAACCAACUGAACCAAAAAAGUCCCAGUUCCCAGAGUUUAUUCAGCAACAUCUGCUGCUCCAAUAUGUAUAGUACCCAAAUAGCUCCACCUUUCUUCACAGACAUUAACCAAGAACAUGCCACAUAAGCACUACAAAAACCUCACUAUUUAAUCCAGGUUUUGUGCAUAUCCCUUGUCUACCCACAUGCCGCCAUUGCAUCCUUUAAUGUGAUAAAAUUUCAAAUAAAAGACAUCAACUACCUAUUUAUAGAAUUAAAGAACACAACCACAAUCUUCUGUAUGAUACAAUUGAGCAGUAUUACAUUCAAGAUGAAAGUUUAUGCAAGUCAAAAUUGCCAAGAGAUAAGAUGCAUAACUAUUUGUAUAAUGUCUUAAACUAGUGCAGUGAUAAGUUUCUUACCACAAAAA